AUGGACCCGAUUGCAAAAAACCCUAUCUCGAUAUUGAAUGAACUCGCUAUCAACAACAAAAUAAAAUUCCAAUUUGAAAUCAAGCCUAAAGGUUCAGAAUUCGAAUGCGUUAUUUACCAAAAUAAUAGAGCAAUCAGCAAAGGUACUGGAAGAAAAAAGCAAGAUGCCAAAUUAAAAGCUGCUGAAUCCGCACUGGAUAUCAUUGCAAAUCUACCUUUAAAUUCUCGGGAUUUCAAAGAAAAAUUUAAUUCAAAUGGCCAAAACUCUAAAGAAAACCUAAAACAAAUCCCAGCAAAUGAAAUGAAAAAAGAAAAAGCUCAACCGCCUGAGGAAGAGAAAGUAAUAGAAAGCCCAGCCCAGGUCACUAAUGAAGAAGAAAAUGAAAAAAGGGCUAAUAGGAUUAUUUCCAGUUUUUCAGAAAAUUAUAAUGAAUACAUGGAAAAUAAAAUAAAAUUACUGGAAUUAAGCUAUGACGAUAUGAUUGAUAUGCAAAUAGUAAGCGAAGAGAUAAAGGAAAUAGAAGAAGAAUUAAAAUGUGAAGGAAUUAAUUUAUUACAUCCAGCAGGGAGCUUUGUUAUGAGUAUGAUAAGAAGGAAUCAUAUUGAGAUAGAUUUAAUAGCAGAGGUAACUUCAAAAAUUGGUGCGUUAAACUACAACUUCAUAAAGGGGAUAUGGAUGAAAUUAUUGAUUUUAAGGCAAAGAACAUUGGAAGCUAGACAAGAAUUUAACGAAAAUCCUUAUAAAUCUUUUCAUCCUACCAAAACAGUAAAUAUUAGUCUUCAGCCAGAACUGAUUGAAAAUAUUGAAAAUACAUAUAUGUCCAAAGAUUUGCCCUAUAUAUUAUUAUCUAAAGAGCGUGAAGGAAAUAGCUCAAUUUAUGUCAGAAUAUUUUUUUAUGAUGAAACUAAUAUAAGUUCAGCUUUAGCACAUUAUCGCUUAUAUGAAAAGAAACCUUUAAGCAGCGUAAAGUCAAAAUGCUGUAAGCUAUUGAGACAUUGGAGGGAUCGUCUCAGAUUGAAAGGUAUGCCUAUAGAACUACUUGAUUUAUUAGUAGAAGAAUUUAUAAAUGAAAACACUACUGGGCUGGCAUUUAGAAUCAUUAUGGAACGCAUCGCAGGUGGAAUAUUUUUCCCAGAAUCUUCAUUUAGUUGUAAUGAUCAAAAUUAUGGUAAAUUACUUGAAGAGUGGUCUUUAAGAUCUAGAAUUGAAGUUGCAAAAGAGGCUAGCAGAACUUUAAUUCAUCUUAUUCAGAAUAAAAUUGAUAUGAUUUUAGACUAA